CAACGUCCAACUGAAAAGUGUGUGUGUGUGUGUGUGUGUGUGUGUGUGUGUGUGUGUGUGUGUGUAGAUGAUGUUACUGGAGCAGGUGCUGUCUACCUACAUUCUCACAGGGCGUUUGAUCUGUGGAAUAUGUUCUCAGAUUCUUUCUCCAAAUCAGAUUUUGAAAACAUCUGCGCUACGCUAAAUACACCUGGUACGUGUCCUCGGCCUGUGCUGCACUCUCAUCUUUGGUUCACAUCAGCCGUGUGAUGGUGUUUUACAGGAAGCACAUAAAGUCCAUGUGGGCGGGGAAUAAAAUAUAUUUGCCCAGGAAGUACCAGCCGAGUCCUACUGGUUGUUUGGGAGGUCUUCUGAAGUACCCCGGCUAUCAGAUCGCCUUCACUCUGUGGGGUUAUCUGAUCGUACACUUGGCCAUGUUUGGAGCAGGCUUGGUGUUUGUGUACAUGGUGAUAUCACCCAUCCAGGCCUACGGCUUUCUCCACUGGCUGAACGAAACCGUCGUGAUUCUAGCGAAUUUCUUGGUGGUGAUGGCCGUGAUGGAGCUGCAGCGUGUACUGAUCCACUUUUUCUUCCUUCAAGAUAAAAACACUCCUACGGAUAAGGACAAGCCUUUAGCGCUCAACAACAGGAGAGCCUUCCACAACCUUAACUACUUCCUCUUCUUCUUUAACGUGAUGCUGGGAGUGAUGAGUUGCAUAAAGCGCUUAUUGUAUAGCACCGCUAUCGGGUUGAUGCUGCUGCCGCGGAUCGAGCGAGCCAUAAUGCCUCAGGGCUACGAGAAGCUGGACAGCAGUUAUUGUACCUGGGUGGGGAUGAUAAUAGCGGAUCAUCACCACAGUAAUCCGGUGCUGGUGUGUUUCUGUCACCUGCUGCUCAAACACAAACCUGACUGCAUUCAGCCGGAACAGGAAUUGCACCUGAAAUCAGAAGCUCGCGUGAAAGAGCGAGUCCGCAUCCGCUGGAACCUCAUGUACACCCUCGUGAGGAACCCCAAACUCAUCCUGAUGAGGAAGCAAGACAGGCAGAAAGCUAAAGACCUGGAGUACACCUUCGCCUGGGCCGUCUCUAACAGCGUGUAAAAGGACUACGCCCCACGGAGAAACGUUCAGAUACUCACGUCAAAACAUCUUAAUCACAUGACAUCACUCUCAGGAACCAGUCUCAUUAGAGGAGGACUGUUUACCUUAUAUGGGGUUUGGGGGUGGAUUUUAUGCAAAUGAAUGAAUGUGUGUGACUUGAGUAGUUUAAUCCAUUUCAUACAGUAAUAAAUACAGAUUUGCUGAUGUUUACUGAAGGUUCCUAGAACCUGUUCUACUCAUAAUUUGAUAUUAAAAAAUAUUUAUUUUAACAAUAUGAAACAUUUUUUAGGAUUUUUUCAGAUGAAGAAUCGAAGCUUCUGAAAUGUGUACAUUGGAAAAACCUCUGCAAUUUACAUCCUCUUAGUGUUUGUAUGUGUGGGGGGGGGAGGGGUUGCUAUGUGUUGCUAGGUGACAUCUGUAAUCCGAUCUCGGCUCUGAGGUAGUGGCGAGUUUUGAGAGAAGGUUCAGAUGGAGGUCUUAAUGAUAGAAGUUUUAAAACCUUGAUGUACACUGAAGCUUCAAUAAAACACUUCUAU